GCACUGAAAAGACUGAAGUUAGGAUUAAAAGUCCAAAAGUUAGCAGACCCCAUAGUCAGUGUCCUCGCAAACAACCGCACUAUGCGCGUUGAGGACUACGUAGAGGGAGUCCAGGCGUACUUCCGCCUAGAGAAAGAUGGGAAGGUGGAGAAAAUCCUCCAUUCCCUGAUUCUCCUCGUUCAGGAUGACCUUCCUUUCGACAUGGUGUUAGGAAUGGAUUGGGGAGAGGCAGCAGGGGCCACACUCCACUUGAGAGAGCAUGAGUGUAGGCUCCCUAGUCUGUCAGGCGAGGUUGAGAUUGCCCGCUUGUUUCAUGUGUCAGGUGUAGAUAACACUCUGGCACACUGCUGUCUAAGUGCUCCCGCGUUCGUGCGACUAUUGAAAAAGGAGCAAUUAGAGGACCAGGUCUUUGUAGUUUAUGUUAGACCUGUCGCUGAGGCUAAGGAAGAGGUAAGUUCCACAGAUCCAACCAUUGCCAAGCUGCUGGAGGAGCUUAAAGACUUGACUGAGUCGCCGACAGGAGUAGUGCCGCGACCCAUCCAACACAGGAUAGAGAUAAGGUCUGGCAGUAGGACUCUUAAGGGAGCAGUCUACAUGAUGUCCCCUAGGGAGUUGGAGGAGCUACGCAAGCAGUUAGACGAGCUCCUCGAGAAAGAUUGGAUCAGGCCCAGUUCGUCUCCUUUUGGAGCACCAGUCCUGUUUGUCCCCAAGAAGGAAGGAGAGCUUCGAAUGUGUAUAGACUGUAGGGGUUUGAAUGCGAUUACUGUGAAGAAUGCCGAACCACUGCCCAGGAUAGACGAUCUACUAGAUCGGGUGCAGGGUUAGGUCGUGCUAAUCUUCUCUGUGUCGUUCCCAUUGCGCUGCGGGCCAAGGAGACAGGGGCAUGAGUGGAUGGCAGGGAAGAAGGUGGAAGCAGGAGGCAGCAUCGGCGAGCACGUCCUGGCGAGGGGGACGGUGGCGGGAAGUGUACCGUGUUCGGCUUCAUCGUCGUCAUCCUCUGAUGAUGAUGACGGCGAUGACGCCGAUAGUGAUGAUGAUCGUGAUGGUGAUGAUGAUCGUGGUGGUGAUGAUGAUCGUGAUGGUGAUGAUUAUCGUGAUGGUGACGGUGAUGACGGGAACAGGACGGAGGUUUUGAAUCUUCUGAUGAUGAGGACGAGAUUUCGGGGCGUGGUUGCAGUCAGAUGCGUCGAGUUCCGGCGCCUAUAAAGGUUGAAAAUACAUUUCAAAAAAUGCUGUUUUCGGUAUACCCUAACGCAUACGUCCGCCUUUUAGUUKU